CUAUUUUAGUCAUUUAAUCUCCCUUCCUUCUGAUAAGAAUCACAUGAUUGCACAGUCAGGAGUUUACACUACUGUGUUAACAAACAGUGGCUGAUACAGUUACAAUCACUGAAGGUGACCCAUGUUGGCAUGGAGUUGAAGCUGAUCCUGACUCAGAGUAGCACUAGAACCAUUAGCUGAGGCUACGUAAAAAAAAAAAAAAAAAAAGAGGUAAGAGCAGCUCUUAUCUAAAAGGGUUUUUUCUUGUGUAAAACAUCAUACCAUAUGCAGAAAAGCACCUAGUGUCUGUAACUGCUUUGAGGAACAUCACCAAAGAACCAGGUUGGCAAGGCUACCAAAAAAAAAAAAAAAAACAGCCAUCAAUGCAGUUGUGCUGGACAAGACCAAGCCUCCUGUUACAUAUAUUUUAAGAAUUUAAGGUCAUCUCUUUGUCAGAUGGCCAGACGAAGCAGUCUGGAGUCGUUAGAGGAGCAACUUCGCUGUCCCGUGUGUCUGGAGGUCUUCUCUGAGCCACUUAUGUUGCAGUGUGGCCACUCGUACUGCCGCAGCUGUGUGCGCUCUUUGGACAUGGAUCCUCUGGGGCAGCUCCAGUGUCCCGUGUGUCGCUGUGCUGUGGAUGGAGACAGACCUCCACCUAAUGUGGCACUGGCACGCAUAGUGGAUGCCUUACGGGAGAUUAGUGAACCAGGUCAAGGCCCUCCAGAGACAUGCAAUCAACACCAUAACCCGCUUAGCCUGUACUGUGAGGAAGAUCAGACACUGAUUUGCGGACUAUGUGGAAGCAUAGGAAGCCACCGGGCGCACAAGGUUACCCCAAUCAGCAGCGUCUACAGCCGAAUGAAGGAGGACAUUUCCUGUCUGGUGACUAACUUUCAGACACAAAAGCGAAAACUGGAAGAGCAGAUUUGUAAAAUGGCCUACAACAAGUCUCGCAUUACAAAUGAGUCGGAUGUGCUUAAAUGGGUGGUGCGGAAAGAGUUUGGGGAAUUGCGACACUGUAUGGAGCUUGAGGAGGCUAGCUUUAUGAAGAAGGUGGAGAACACUGCCUCUACUCUCAUCUCCUCCAUCCAGACCCAGGCUGAUCACAUGAGCCAACUGCUGGCCAAGUUUCAGGAGGCCGAGGCCACCCUGGAGGCCCUGAGCAAUGAGAGCCAUCUGGACUUCAUCACUAAAUAUGGCUCCAUUGCCCCAAGAUUUCGAGAAGGCCAGCAGAGAGAACAGAGAGAGGAGAGAACCUACAGCUCCAUCAGCUUUAACCCAGGCUUCAAUCACAGUGAUAUAAAAAUGACCGUGUGGAAGAGAUUACACAGAAGAGUUUUACCAGCUCCUGAAAGUCUGAAGUUUGACCCUCUCACAGCUCACCCCAUGUUGCAGCUAAGUCAAGACCACACCAGUGUGGAGUGUGGAGUCCUCGUCAACCGCCUACCCAACAAUCCUGAGCGUUUCAGCUACAGCUACUGUGUGCUGGCCAACCGCGGCUUUUCCUCAGGCAAGCACUACUGGGAGGUCCAGGUGGGAGAGAAAACAAAAUGGAGGAUGGGGUUGAUCAAAGGGACUGCUUGCCGCAAGAGUAAGCUACCCAAGAGUCCUGAGGGUGGAGUGUGGCUGAUUGGGCUGAAGGAGGGCAGAAUGUAUGAGGCUUUCACCACUCCUCGAGUCACUCUGCCCCUUAUAAGACAACCACGCCGUCUGGGGGUUUUCCUGAACUAUGACAGAGGAGAGGUGACGUUCUAUAACGCAGACAGUCCGGAUGAGCUCGGAUUCAUUUAUUCUUAUCAGACUGAGCUUCAGGGGAAGGUCUACCCACUGUUUGAUGUGUGUUGGAAUGAGCGUGGGGCAAACAAGCUGCCUAUCUCACUGCCACGACCAAUCACUGAAACCUCUGGAGAUUAGCCUAGAAGCAAUAAUGGUCAUGGCGAUAAAUCUGUAUGGUUAGUUUACUGAAAGUAUAGUGUUAAUUUAGGACGAAAUAGAGAAAAUUUUAUUCCUAUAUUAUUUUCAUUAACUGCUGGGUGUUCAUGUUUGUUGAGCAGCCUCUAAUCACAGCAUCAGGCAUGGGAAUAUCUACA